AUGCGCUCAAGCCCAGUCAGAGAGCACGCACGCACCUCUCGUGGGGACAGAGAGAAAGAGAGAGAGAGACGUGUGAUUUCUCUUUGUACUGAAUGAAGAGUUGAGGCCGGCUCCACCGCUACUGCUGCUGUCUUCGCUUUUUAUAUAAGCAGAGUUUUGCAUGCUGUAAAUAGCACAAUAAGCCGGUUACACUUUACGUUUCGCCGUACCCGUCGUUCCCUUUUGUGUUGUGGAAGCAGCCGAUCACUGCCAAUGUCGCUUUGAGCGAUUUUGGACAACAAAAGCAUCAGGUCCAACGUUGUUUCUUUUCGGGGGAUUUCAAGUCACACAUUUAUCAGUCGGGAUUUUUCAGUGCGGAAAAGCGAGCAGCCGCACAUCCACAGACCUCUUGUCGCCUCCUUUCCGUCGCCCCUUUCACACUUCCACACCUCCGGGGUUUUUUUCCCCCCCAACAAUCCGAGCGACCAUGGCUGCUGUAACAAGCCCGGAGACGAGCCCUCAACCCCGGGUAUAUUUCCAGACGCCGGCCGGCACCACGGAGGAGCCGGAGACACCCGUUCGGAAGCAGGGACGCGUUACCGUCAAAUACGACCGUAAGGAGCUGAGGAAGAGACUGAACCUGGAGGAGUGGAUUAUCGACCAGCUAACGGACCUCUACGACUGUGAGGAGGAGGCCAUCCCAGAGCUCGAGAUAGAUGUGGAUGAGCUGCUGGAUAUGCCAAGUGAUGUUGAACGGGCAGCCAGGGUCAAGGACUUACUGGUUGACUGUUUUAAACCUACUGAGGACUUCGUCUCAGAGCUGCUCGACAAGAUCCGAGGGAUGCAGAAACUCUCCACGCCUCAGAAGAAAUGAUGGCGUCCCUCCUCCUCCUCCUCCUCCAUCCCCACGUCCUCCCCCCUCCACCUCAGCCCUCACCUCUCGUCUUCCUAUCACUCCCUGUUCUUUUUUUAUUUUAACGUCAGUUUUCUUCCAUUGAAGAUUUUUCAUGAAAUAUGUUAACUGAACCCUGUUUCCUCUUGUUGUUUUAAGGAGCCUCUGUUUUUAUCUUUUUUUGUCUUUUCAUCUCUUCCUCUUCUCUUAUUGCCUGGAUCCAGUCCCUUAAAUCGCUAUUAUUUUUCAUUUUUUGACCUUCCUCUAUUGUUUGUUGGACUUCCUAAAAAUUAUCAGCAGAGAAACAAAAGCUAAAGAAUCCAUAAAGCGAUUCACUGGUCUUUAUCCAGGCACUCUCCUUCCCUCUUUUUUUCUACUCCUGCCCUUCCAUCACCCUUUAUUUGGCUUUACUCCUCUGCCUCAUCCAGCUCUUCUUCCCCCUGCCCUCCCACCAUCCCUCGCUCCACUCUCCAUCUGUCUGAGGAGGAAGAGGAGGGGAGCUGAGAUGAGAUGAAUCCCAUAAUUACUUGGAGCGGAGCAGCUGAGAGUGGGAAGAGGAACAAGAGGCAAGAGUCGGCAACAGCCAAGAAAAGAGAGGAAGGAUGAACGAUGAAGGAGGAGGGUCGGAGGGAGGAAGCAGCCAAUCAUUGCUUAUGUCUCUACCAAUGAGAUUCCUUAUUUUGUUAUUUCUAAGGGGUUUAGAAUUGUAUAUGAUCCAACUACCAACCAUUAUUCUUAUGCUGUUUGUUUCCUAGUUCAGUUUGAGGGCUUAGGGAUAUUCACUUGACUUUAGAUUUUUAAUUAAUGAACUUUUUGGGGUCAGUACAGCUAAUUUUCCCCCUCAAUCAGAGGCAUUUGCUACAGUGGUGCAUUUAAAGACUGUCUUUUUUUGUGCGUGUCUGUUGAAAAAUCUGCACUAUGUCAUUUUGGGAGGAAAAUCUGAACCUCUGACCACAAAGAAUAUUGUAUGGUGUAUCUUUAGUACAGCAAAGAGGCAAAUUUGAUCCUUGGAGUAGUGGUUGAAGCUAAAAGAGAGUCACUGGUUGGCUGUGGUGGUCGUACGCUCUGACCAAUUUUAGAGUAAAAAUCUUCCUAUGAGGGUAGAGUAGAAGUAGGUCGUUUUAAGUUGAGUGUGCUUGACUAGAUUUCAAAUUCUUGCAGAAAAAAAGGUAUGUUUUCUUUCCUCAAAUGCGUAGUGCAGUCCUAAGAGAGGCUGUUUAGGAGCCACUGCUGUCCAGUCUGCACAUACUUAUGAACGUCUGUGUGUUGCUAAAUGCUACGUGUGUAUGUUGCAACAUAACGUACAGCAACAUUCAUAAUAGGAGUGUUUUUCUGGCCUGUAUAUUCUGCUGUUCUGUAGGACAAAUUUGAUUUUUAGUAUAGGACUGGUUCCUGUUUUCUUUUGUUUUUGUUUUCUGGAUGCAUUUUGUUAUAUGCACACACACGCACACACACACACACACGCUGACAGUCCGACAGGGGGACCUGGAACAAAGCUGCCUUGUUUGUUUGUUUUUUUUUUUAUCCCCCCACUCUCUGUCUCUAUUUCACUCUCUCGCUUCUUUCUACGAAAUGAUUUAGUCCCCCACAUUGUUUUGUGUUUGUCGGACAACAGUUUGGAGCGGUCACAUGCUCAUGGAAACGCUGAAAAUGUCUUUUCAGCUCAAUGUUGAGGUGGAGACUUUGUGCCGACCUCUGCCUGUCACAUCCGUAGAGCCACCAAUGAGAUUUCUGAGUAGGAGGGACGGAGGCCACUGUUUCAAACUGAAGCUGUCUAAAUGCAUUCACCCCUCUUUUUUUCUUUUGUCUUUCUCACUCUCUCUCACACACGCACAAGCCACCCUUGAGGCGGAGGAAACACAUUAGCAAACACAGCUGCCUAUUACACAGAUGUGUACACACACACACACGCACAUACACACACACCAAGUGCAGAGAGAGAAAGGGAGCGAGAGACAGGUCCUCAGCUGUCACAAGAUCCGUGUAUCCCUACUGCAGCUGCCAAUCAUCUCCAAGAAUAAGCCAUCUGUUUCUGAUCCUGAGCCAAUCAGAUCAGAGACCGAAACACAUCGGCCAAUAGGAGAAGCAGUAACAUUUGCUGUGAUUCCUGUGACCAAUUGCUGACACCUGCGGUGGCAGUAGACCUCCACUGUCUGUCUCUUUCUCUCUCUGCACCAACACACACACAUUCGAACACAUACACACACUCUGGCCCAUUUUCAUCUUGCUGCUCUGUUAUUUCUCCCUGGCAUCCCCUCUCUUCCUCCUCCUCCUCCCAUCCAUUUUCAUCCUUCUGUCCACCCUCCCUUUCUAUCCUUUCUUCAGUUUCCUUUUUUUUUUGUUAAAAAAACAGAUGUUGCCUUAGGUAUUAUUUAUGUUACACAAACCAAAUAAACGGGAGACAUUCAUUUUUAAAAAGGUAACACAACCUGCUAAAAACGUGUUACUGAGCAGAACUGCGGCAUGUGGAGAAUCUCGGAUCUUCUGUCGCUCCUUUUCUCUCUUUUUUUUGAAAAACAAUAUGAGAUUCUGUUGUUUUUUGUUUUUAGAAGUGAGUGUUUAAUACUUAGGCCUUGAUACAGUGAUUUUGUUUAGAUAAAACAAUGUUCUUUACAUUUACAUUGAAUACUGGUCUGUUUUUAUUGUGAUCAUGACACUUCUUGAUGCCAUGCCUUGGAUUAACAUAUAGUUGAACAAAAAUCCAUUCAGAUACACUUUUGUGUGAUUGCUUUUGCUUUGCGGGUGGCAUUUCCAAUCAAGCGCUGUCUGCAGUUUUUUGGAGACAUUUUGAUUGGUCAGCUUGUACCAUGCAAACUCAAUCAGUAUCUGAAUUUGAAUGGAUUUUCAUUUCUAAAAUCCAGGUUUGGAUUAUACCUUCUUAGACUGUUAUUGAGAAGUCUGUUUUUUUACUGUUGGGGAAAAUUGCAAAAAAAUAUAUAUACUGAUUAUUAUCAUUGAGGCUAAAUACAAGAGCUAAACCAUGUGGAUUGCAAGAGUGGUGGCGUUUUUUUGGACAAUGAUUAGAUCAAACCAACAAACAAAUGUAGCAAUAUCAACAACAGGUCUUGUUUUUGCCCAAUUUUGUUACACUUUUAUGCAACUUUAAUAAAAACAUGUAAAAUUGA